GUUUGUCAAAUACUUCCUGUCAUUGUACUUCCUGGAUUCCUGAAUAAGUAACAUUGUAACAUCACAGUUGAUACCUUCACUGUCCAUGAAUUUCAUUUUUAGACAUCAUCAACAUCACCAUCACCAAAAACAGGAUCAAUGGCUUUCAGAAAGGCAGUGAAGGGAACCCUAAUAGGGGGCGGAGCUGUAGCAACAGCCUUUGGCCUAUCACAGUUCUUUGAAUACAGGAAGAAUCAGCAUAAAUGGGCUCAGCUAGCAUACGUUGAAGCACAGGGUGAGCUAAAGGUGCCGUUUAAUGAUGCUCUCCCAACAAGAGAGGAGCAGCUUUCAACACUACGAAACACAGAGGAGUUUGAUGUCUUGGUGGUGGGCGGUGGAGCCACAGGCUCGGGAUGUGCCUUAGAUGCUGUCACACGGAAUCUGAAGACCGCCCUGGUAGAACGAAGCGAUUUUUCAUCGGGCACCAGCAGCAGAAGCACCAAGCUCAUUCACGGCGGAGUCCGCUAUCUGCAGAAAGCCAUCAUGAAACUAGAUUAUGAGCAGUACAUGAUGGUGAAAGAGGCUCUUCAUGAACGUGCCAAUCUGCUGAACAUCGCUCCCCACCUGUCUGCACCUUUACCUAUAAUGCUUCCUGUUUACAAGUGGUGGCAGCUGCCGUAUUACUGGGCCGGCAUUAAAAUGUACGACCUGGUUGCCGGAUCACAGUGUCUGAAGAGCAGCUAUGUCCUGAGCAAGAGCAAAGCACUGGAGCUCUUCCCGAUGCUGAAGAAAGACAAACUCGUGGGAGCCAUUGUCUACUAUGAUGGACAGCACAAUGACUCCCGUAUGAACCUGGCCAUUGCUCUUACAGCGGCCCGUCAUGGUGCUGCUAUUGCUAACUACACAGAGGUGGUUCAUCUGCUAAAGAAACCAGACCCAAAAACAGGCCAAGUGAAAGUUUGUGGAGCCCACUGCCGAGAUAUAAUCACAGGGCAGGAGUUUGACGUUCGUGCCAAAUGUGUCAUUAACGCUACCGGCCCCUUCACUGACUCCCUGCGCAAAAUGGACAACCAGAAAACUGCCAACAUCUGCCAGCCUAGUGCAGGAGUGCACAUUGUCAUCCCUGGAUAUUACAGCCCGGACAACAUGGGGCUGUUAGACCCCGCCACCAGUGAUGGCCGUGUCAUAUUCUUCCUGCCCUGGGAGAAGAUGACUAUCGCCGGCACAACAGACACGCCCACUGUAGUCACAGCCCAUCCCAUCCCAUUGGAGGACGACAUCAACUUUAUCCUGAGCGAAGUACGCCACUACCUCAGCCCUGAUGUAGAAGUGCGGCGGGGUGAUGUCCUGGCGGCCUGGAGUGGCAUUCGUCCGCUGGUCACCGACCCCAAUUCCAAAGACACUCAGUCCAUCUGUCGUAACCACGUCGUCAACAUCAGCGACAGCGGACUCAUCACCAUUGCGGGUGGGAAGUGGACAACCUAUCGUUCUAUGGCUGAAGAGACUCUUGAUGCAGCUAUAAAGGCUCAUAACCUCUCAGCCGGUCCCAGCAGGACGGUCGGUCUGAUGCUGGAUGGUGGGAAGGACUGGACCCCCACCCUGUACAUUCGCUUGGUUCAAGACUACGGCUUGGAAAACGAGGUUGCUCAGCACCUAGCAGCCACCUAUGGAGGAAGAGCAUUUGAAGUGGCCAAAAUGGCCCAGGUGACAGGCAAGAGAUGGCCUAUAGUGGGGAAACGCCUUGUGUCUGAAUUUCCCUACAUAGAGAGUGAGGUGCAGUAUGCUGUAAAGGAGUACGCAUGUACAGCCAUCGAUGUGAUUGCGCGCCGAACUCGACUGGGCUUUCUGAACGUGCAGGCUGCAGAUGAGGCUUUGCCACUUAUUGUUGAGAUCAUGGGAAAAGAACUGCAGUGGACUGAGCAAAAAAAGAAAGAAGAGCUGGGGGGAGCAAAGAAAUUUCUGCAUCUGGAGAUGGGUUAUAAAGCUCGCUCUGAGCAGCUCAGCAAGACAACAGAGAUCUCACUCACUGCCCAAGAGAUAGCAAGGUAUAAGAAGCGCUUUUACAAGUUUGAUAAGGAGAGUAAAGGCUUUAUCACAACAGUGGAUGUCCAGCAAGUGCUAGAGAAACUCAGCAUUCAGAUUGAUGAGAACGCACUUCAUGAGAUCCUCAACGAGGUGGACCUCAACAAAAACGGGCAGGUGGAACUGGAUGAGUUCUUGCAGCUCAUGAGCGCAGUCCAGAGAGGCCAAAUCUCUGACAGUCGUCUGGCUAUCCUGAUGAAGACGGUCGAGGAGGGGUUGGAUCUGAGAAGACCUGUCUCGGUUGACCGCAGUGGAGGCGGUGUUUAAAUCCCAACUAACCAAAACAUCCACCAGACAACAGCUCCCACCACAAAGUUGGAUAAACACCAAAAAGCGGUGACCGCUGUGCCCACGCUGGUCAGAUCACAAGCACAUCCUCUCAAGUCAUUAACUCACCCAACCAGCUGGCUGCCAUUGACUACAAUCUUUUUCUGUUUAACUUAUAUUUUAGCAUGCUUAUUUAAAUUGAUUUUAAUGAAAAAAUAUAUUAUUAGAGCAGAAUAUAUUCUUAAAAAAUAUUUCAAAGCGUAUUCUAGAGUCUAUAUUUUUAUCUAAUGCAUGCAGUGCCAUGUUGUGUGACCUGGUAAGCAUGAAUAGAUUGUCUCUUUAAUGUUUCUCUGAGCAGCUUUAUCCGGUUUGCUUUCUGUUGUGCCAUUUUAUUAAUGCAGAUUAUUUGCUCCUGAGCACAGUGAGGUGAAAUUCAAGGGCUCUUAGUGUCUUCCGAGCUAAACAAUACACUAUAUGUGAAGCACGCCGAUUUACACUGCAUACUGCUUAAUUGUUACUGUUCUGAAUUACAGUGAUGAAAUGUGUUGUUUUUUUGUUGUAUUAUUUUAAUCAUUUCACAUAAUUUUUAAUUUUCUGAUAAGGUAUUUAUUCAAAAUCUAUAAUUUCCUUCAUACUUUUGAUAAAUCCUGUCUUGUUUUUAAGUAAUGUAUUACUGUAAACAGAUGAGUUAUUUUAGUUUGUCUUAAACGGGUUGUUUUCAGUGUUUUUAGACUUUUCAUUGGCUCUGGUUCAACAGGAGGGUUAUUACAAAUUAUGAUGAAAUUAAAACAUUUCAUCCCUUAUUCAAAUUCAUGAACAAUUGAAACUCCACUUCAGUGUGUUUCCUAUAAAGCCUUGCCUGUAAAAGUUAUUGAUUAUCCAUUUAUCAUGAAAUAAUAAGGGACUAUUAUAACUGUAAACUUGAUGUAGAGCAUAGCAGGUAAUGUACUAUAUGUGCCUUGCUUCUUAAUGGGAUAGUUCAUUCAAAAAUUAAAAUUCUGUUACCAUCUACUA